GGCUGCGCGAACCUCCAUCCACAGCAAACUGCCGAGUUUAUCUAGCGUCCUGAUCACUGUAAUCCCGCUGUCGACGCUUCUGAGAGCCAUCAAUUUGCAAAUCUGUACAUAGAUCGCACUGCGUUACCCGCCUGGCAUCUUGAAGACGCAUUGACGGGAAGCACACAGCGUCCGAGUUGUCUGCCUGGGGCUCCAAGUCGCCCGCGGGUUCUUGACCCAAUCUCGAAUCUGUGUCUAAUUCAUUGUAGGUGUCCGAUUGCGGUUCGAAUGAGACAACGAGGGAGCCCAGAGCUCUGAAUCGGGACUGCCGGACGAGUUGUGGAUUUUAUUUGUAAUUUUAUGUAUAUCACUUUUUCACUCCACCGGCCCCCUUUCGCUUAAAGUAUUUAGUGAAGCAGACUGCUUAGCGUCCUGUAGCUGCGAGAGUCCCCCGCUGCAGUCGGAUUCCAAAGGAGCAGGUCGCGUCCGGUCGGUUCGGGUGGGCUCGAUCUGAUUAUAUGUGAGAUGGUGCUUAGCAUGAUCGUGCGACGCGAUAAUCACUGUGCGCGGGCUGGACAUCGCAGAGCUUGCUGGAGGAUAUUAUAGAUCGAAGACAGUACGCCAAGAUUCCGCUCAAGAGAAGAAAGCGUCUGACAUUUAUAGAUAGCAGAGCAGAGCGCUAUUCUGUCGUUCUCUCUGAGGAGAGGAGAGCCUUUUGGUCCUUUUAUUGAUUGUGCUGCGGGCGAUCAGCGGAUCACUCAGUGCUCGCACUCUGCCCGGCUUUAUCGCUAUAUGAUCGGAGUGAGUGUCAAAACCGACUCGUGCUUUCGUGCUCCUCGCUGUCGCACGAGGUUGUAAUCUCAGGCUGGUGCGCAUACACGCACACAGGUCCAGAAGUGGCGAGUGAGUGAGGGCGAGAAUGGAAGAGCUGGUCUCGCUGUGACGUUGGCACGCGUUUCCGGCCCAGCCCCCGACAUCUUUCAUGGCAAUUCGCAGAGAGUGGUCCCCGGAGUGAAGCAGUCGAGCCUCUCGGGCUCUCCCUUGCGGUACUGUACUGUACAUUCAUCGGCCUCUGGCGGACCGCGUGUGCCGAAUUCGGACACAGGAGGUGCAACAUUGCGAGACUUCGGCGGCGCCAUGUCUUUGAAGCAGAGAGCGACGAAGUGCUCCGGGUACAUUCCGCCCAGUCAGUAUGUUCCCGUCUACUCUCGACCCAUCCGCUCCAGUAACGUGAGGUGGCACGAGGAGCUUUCGCCCAUCACUCCGAAGCCCAGCUUCGAUGAUCCCGACAACACACGUUCACGAACAAUCCAGCAGGCCGUCAAAGCAUGGCUCGAGUCCAGCCCCAAUUCUGUCAUUGGGCACGUGCGCGGGCGGAGUCCUACCGAUUCCCCCCGCACUUCUCAGUCGUCGUCCGAUCGAGCUAUCGCUACUCCUUCGGACGGGGACGUCGAUCAAGCCUUCGGUGAUGCAACCCCCGAGUCUCCAACAUUCCAGAGGAACAAGUUGACACCGUGGAUAGACAUUGCGGGGAAAGGCGGUGGUGUGCAACCGAAGGCCGACGAUCAGCGUCCCACUCAAACGGAGAUCACAUCUUGUGACCAAUCGACUGAAGAGAAGCCAGUAUUUCUGGCGACCAAGUUCCCACCCAUAACAGAAGCCGCACCAGCCGAGACGGACAACUACUCAGUGGCGGUUUCGACGGCAAUAAAAACGUCUGGUGUGGCUCCAGAAAGUUACUUGAAGCCUCCGCGAGGGCUCGAGAAAGCUAUGGUCGUGUACGGAGGAGGACCGAACGCCCUACCACAGAGGAGAGUAACAUUCCACGGCCUUGGCACCAUGGACGAGGAGAUCCGAGGCAAGCAGCUGGAGGACUUCCGCGCCCCCGAGUACGAGGAGAGGAGAUUCGGAGAUGACGGGGUCAACGCAUUCAGGCCUGCUUCGAAGCCCAUCGCCACCAUAAUCGAGAGCGCAGACGACAAUGCGUCGGACAACGACGACUCGAUCACGGAGGAAGUGAACGAGAAAGCGGGCUUCAUUUCCUCCGCCGUCUCGUCGCCGGCCUCGGUUUUCGAAGAGCGCCGAUUCGGCGGCGAAGGCAUGAAUCUGAUCCAGAUCACCGGCAGCGGAGAGUUCGCGGCCGAGUCCGUGUAUCAGAAAGGGAAGAUGAAAGCCAAGCCCGUGAUCGAAUCGUCUCCGCCGUCCUCUUUUCCGGCCCGAGAUUUCGAUCCAGGCGCCGAAAACCGAAGGCCCUCGAGACCUCACCAAAGCAGACGAACGCUUCAACCUCUGUACGAAACAGAUGGUGCUGCAGUUUCGUCGCAUGCGCAGAUGGCCACGAAGCAAGAAGAGCGUUACGAAGUGCAGUCGAGGCCCGUGUCGGGAGCGUCGACGCAGUUUGUGAGCGGAGGAAAACGCGAAGGGCCGACGAAGACGGCCGCGGUUGUACCGGUGCCGGAAGACUCGCAAUUCAACUCUAAUUUCGCCCAAGAACAAACGCCGUCGACUCCUCUGGAAGGCGUAGACGUGAACCAACUGCGGUUGGCCAAGCAACCCAGUAACAGGCAGCAGACCAUGGAGAGGGUGAAAAAAGAGAAAUUCCACACGAAGGCCGUCGCGUGGGAAGAAGCCAAGAACUCCGAAUUCUUCAACAGAUACAAACGAGAGGAGACCAGGAUCAUGGCGUGGGAAGAUCACAAGAAGGCGAAGGCGGCGGUGAGUCUGAAGAAAGUGGAGAUGAAACUGCAAGAGAAACGAGCCAAGGCCGUGGAGAAGAUGGAGAACGAGAUGGCCAAAGCCCACAAGAAAGCCGAGGAGAAGAAGGCCAUAGCUGAAGCUAAACGAGCGGAGAAGGCUGCCAAGGCGGCCGAAGAAGCCGAACUCAUUCGACAACACGGACGACGACCUCUGUCUCUUUUUUGUUUCACGCCUUGAGAAUGUCACACCGCGCCGACAUUAGACUAACCCCACCUAACCAUUUUUUCUCGAACCAUUCAUUGAACCGAGUAUGUAUACUAGUAACGACACCGGCUGACCGCACAUCAGAUGUCAGAUGCACAUCUCUCGGCUUGGAGUUGAGCAAGAACUGCUACAAUGGUCCAACUUGUAAAUUAAUAUUACCUAGCGUGAGCCAGGCCAUGCUGAGAUAUGGUUUGUCGCUUUGAUAGGUCGGUCGUCUGGCUUUAUACAGCCAGAUCAGCUACGAUUCUUGUAAAUAUCCAGAGCAUAGCUUGGAGAGGUCAUUCUUUUCAUUUUUCUUCAUAGUUUGUUAAGUGUAAAUGCGAUCUGCUUUCGCCCUUAGAUGAUGGGCGAUUUUUUGUACGAUAGCGAGUAGUCCUGUUGAAGUGGGCAGAGCAGCCGGCAGGUAGAGAUCCACCUUUGCCGCUCACCUUCACGUCUCGGCUUUACUCUGUGUGCAUAGAUGAAAUUUACUGUAAAUAUGCGCUUAUUGGAAUCAUCACCACCUGCCUUACGAGUGUUACUGAGCCUGAAUAAAGAUAUGAGUCUUCUACACGG